CGGGAGAGGAGUCUACCCCCAUUUUGAAUUUUAGGGUUUCGUGGAGGCCCGAAGAACGCCGCGCGAUUGGGAGUCGGAAUCAUCUCUAGGAUGAGAAUUUCAUGUGCCAUAGCAGUCUGACGAUAGAGCUCAGCGACCAGUGUGAGCACGAUUCUGACGGUGUUGUGCCUAGCGUUUGGUUGCCAUGCCAAGGGCACGUUGAGGGCUACGUCUCUCAAAGAUUUCAUCAAGAAUGGUUUAAUGCUGCUAUUUUUGUGAAAAUAAAAAACCAAGGGGAAGAGGCUUUCAAGCAUGAAACUUAUGGUAAUCUAAUAAUAUUUAAGCGCAAGAUCACAGAGAGUACUGGCACCACUAGUUUGAAGGACUAUCUGGGUUGGGUGCUUGAAUUGCUUGAGGUUGUCCAAUUUAAAUCUCCUGAUGUUAUGUUAAAGUUUCCUCAGCUGAUGGUGAAGCUUAAAUAUGAACCUCAGAUAAAUUUGGGGGAAGAUCUACUUAAAAAUCCAGCAACAUCCAACAUUGGUUGUAUGAGUUAUUAUUCUGAGCAUGGGGGCAGAGUGAUUGACCUGGAUGCUUUCCCUGAAAAUCUUUGGCAGGGUGAAUUAAAAGAAUUUACCCAGCAGUUGUUGAGAUGUGGUGGAGAUACGACAAGAAUCUUGAAGAACAAGCAGUCCAACUUCAUAUCCUUUGUGAUUGAUGAUAUCAGCACAAGUGUUAAUGACGCGGCUCCGACUGUCUAACAAAAAAGGUGUGGUGCAUUUGAAGGGCAUUGUGAACUGGCCAGGAGGAGGAUGUCAUCUGAUAAAGUGAAGCAGAAAGCAGAGUUCUGGAGGUAGGUAGUCUUUCCCUAUUUAUAUGUGUGUAUUGUUUAUUUUAUCUGCAGAUUGAAUUUCCAGGACAUUAAGCUGUUUUGAUUGAGAUAGUCCUUUAAUGUCUCGGAUCUCCAUGUCUAGAAGACUGACACUUCUUGACAAUCGUUCUCAAAUAUUGUUUCACUUUGCCUGAUUGCUGUUUGAAAAUGACCUUGAUAGUCAGCCAUGUAAAAUUCUACCCAGACGAUGUCCAUCAACUGGGAGAUCAGACAAGCCGGGGAGGAGCCGCUGGAGUAUUACAGUUCACGCUGAAACUCUUUUAAACAAUGGCACGUAGAAGAAGGCAAAAAAUGGCUAGGGGAAGGAGACGAAGAAUGCGGAGAAGAAGAACCCAAAAGACGAAGAAGAAGGAUGCCAAUGUGACAAUUUAGUGUCCAGUGAAAUUCAAGACAUCUUAAUAUAAUGACGUGGAUAGGCCACGAAAGCAUGAUGAUCUGGAUUAAAAAAGCCACCUCAGUUUUUCCGGCGGCCACGUAGACUAAUUUGGGCUGGAAAGCAACGGGUGACUUCCCGGUGAUAUGAAUUAGAAUGUGAGUGACCACUUUGAUACAUUUUAAAGUUGGAUGACCAAAGUGAUAAUAAAUCAAAGUUUGGUGACUUCCUGAAAAAUUAACCUAAACUUUUA